GGUACAGGUGUUCGCCCAACACUGUCUUCUGCUAGAGGCUCAGGGAGGGAGUCAAGAGAGGACGAUAUAUAUAAUUCCACAACUAUAUAAUAUAACAAGACGUUUAUUCAGCACCAUAACUGUCUCCCUGUAUGAUAUAGUCGUGUUGUUAUAUAUCUCUGAGCCAGGAGUGUAGAGGGAGGAUGGUGAUCACUUCCCCCACACUGUUCGCCCGAGCCAGAGGAGGUGACAGGUACUGGAAGAGAAGGAGGAUAUUAGCUUUAUCUUCGCAUUUCUUUGGUCGCAAACAAAAUUGUUAUUCAAUAGCCAUUAAAUACGUCCACCGAGCCUUACGUUAUGGAGUUAGAGCACGUAAACUGAAGAAAGCUGAUGAUAGAGAGUUGUGGGAUACACGAAUUAAUGCUGGAUGUUUUGAGCUGGGCACCAAGUACUCCGAUAUGAAGGCAGUUAUGAAUGACACAGGAAUUGCUCUAGAUCGAAAGAUCCUGCAGAAUAUGGCUGUAUGGGAACCACGAUCAUUUAGAGCUUUAGCAUCCUUAACAAAAGUCAAGCAAGCAGAAAUGGGUUUAAACACUCUUGGAAGUCCUCCUCCGUCAGGAGUUGUAACACGUGGAAUGCUGUAGUGAGUGAACUGCAUAGUACGAAAUAAUGAAUCAUACAGAUAUUGAAAUAACCUAACUUGCAAGACUACAAUAGCCUGACAUUUGUAUUGGCUGGUAAGCCAGUUGUGGUGUUAGCUUUGGUAAAUGUUGAGAAAAUAUUAUCUUUCCCAAAUUCCUAUAAAAAUUAUUUAAACAGCAUCUGAAUGGCAACACUAUUAAAACCAAAUAUAGUCCACAUAAAUUGGGAUGUUAGCAUUAGGACCAAUCCAGCUAGCAAUCUGAAGUUAGGUUAACAUUGGAUGUACCUGUACAGUAGCCAUGGAGCUGAUGUGUUUCUGUUGACCCAACAUUGGAGUGCUGGCAGAGAAUUAUUGUAGUAUUCUAUUCAGAAUUUUUAUAUUAAAAUGUGAUUUGGUCAUAAUUACUGUAUUGGUAAAGUACUUCCUGAAUUGUAAGUUUAUAAUGUACUAUAAACAAAAGGCUAAUUAUAGUGCCAGUAACCGACACAAAAUGGAGUCUUAUCCAGAACUUGUAAAGUGUUUGUUCUGUACAGAGAAUCAGUUUUGGAUUAUUUCAUAAGUCUCAUUGGUUAUUUUCACCUACUCUGAUAUUCAUAAUUUCAGUGGGCCAGUGUUGUAUUUUCCCACUAUGUACUUUAGAUCCCAACCCCAAAAAGUUAAAUAUGAAAAGUUUGUUUUUAGCUGUAACAUUCAGGAAUCUGGUUUGGUGUCCUGCUUUGCUUUUAUUCAAACAAACAUGUAUAGAUAUAUAACUACUGUAUACAGUAUUACAAAAUAUAUAAAGGAACUAUUGUAAUGUUUUAAAAGAUUAUUUUAUUGAUUUUUUUUUAAUAUAUGUAAAACUUUUUUCAGUUGCAUAAAGGAACUUUUCAGCUCACAGAACCCAUGAACCAACACACAAAAACACUGGCUUUACUGUGCUGCUGUAUAUAAGUGAUUGUACCUAAAGAGUGCAUGUUUAGAGUCUGUAAAGUCUGCUCAAAUAAUUAAAUUGCGUACAGAA